UCUCUCCUUUUCCAAGGCUUCCACACCCGGACAAUAUACCACCAGCUCAAUGAGACCCUUCCUCAGCUUCUCUCCUUGGUGUUCCUUGCUGCUUCUCCUCUCGCUGGCGACGGCUUCGCAGGGGCUGAACGUCGGCGACCUUCUCGGCCAAGGGAAAGCACCGGCGGGCGACAAGGAUUGUAGCCGGAUGUGUGAAUCCAUGUUUUGCACGGUUGCUCCUGUCCUGAGGUACGGGAAAUACUGCGGAAUCCUCUACAGCGGCUGCCCCGGCGAGAAGCCCUGCGACGCCCUGGACGCCUGCUGCAUGAUCCACGACCACUGCGUCGCCGACCACAACAAUGACUACCUGAACACCAUGUGCAACGAGAACCUGCUCAACUGCCUCGACAGGGUGAACCCGGCGGGGCCGACGUUCCCGGGGAAUAAGUGCGGCGUCGGCGAGGUGGCCUUCGUCAUAAAGGGCGUCAUCGAGACGGCCGUGCUCGCAGGGAAGAUCCUCCACAAGAAAGACAUCGGCCAGUAGCUAGUCAGCUAGCGAUCGAGCCCAUUUGGAAGGCAGCGGACGGACUUAAGUACGCUGGCUGCACAAAUGAUGUGGCAGGCGCGGCGUGCCGGUGCGGCAACGGGAUAGUAUUAGUGUACUUGGGACCUGUACUGUACGGUAUAUAUAUGCAACAUAUUGAUGCAAUAGUUGGCCACCAGUGCGAAACGGCUAUGGUGUAGUAAAAUGAAGUGGAGCACUGUUUUGUCAUUUCAAAGUGUAUUUUUUU